UGUUACUGCUGUAUCGCGACAAAUGUAAAAUCAUGUACACCGACACAGACAGUCUUGUAUAUCACAUUGAGUGCGAUGAUGUAUACGAGACGAUGAAACGCGAUAUCGCUAGAUUCGAUACAAGCGAUUAUCCGGCGGACAACGCAUAUGAUAUGUCUCUCGUGAAUAAAAAAGUACCUGGCCUAAUGAAGGACGAAAAUAACGGUGCAAUUAUGACGGAAUUUGUCGGACUCAGAGCGAAAAUGUAUGCGAUGAGAGUGGAUGGUAAAAAGGACACCAAAAAGGCGAAAGGUGUAAAAAGUAAUGUCAUAGCGCGAACAAUAACGUUUGAUGAUUAUACACGGUGUUUGAAUGAAGAGAUCGAAAUGACUCGUCGCCAGUCAUGUAUAAGAUCCAAGUUACACCAAGUAUAUACGGUAUCCGAGUCAAAAAUUGCUCUGAGUCUAUACGAUGACAAACGAUACAUCAUACCGGAUUCGACGAAAACGUUAACGCCAUGA